AUGAGCCCUGAUAUCCCUGACUCGCAAGACUUGGUCAACAGGCUGACCCAGGCCCAAGUUUGGAGUCAGUACUAUCAGAACUACAAUCCAGACUACAAAAUCUCGGACAAGACUUUUGGUGACCCAUCCAAUCGUAAGAUCCGAGUUAUCAGUAUAGGUGCCGGUCUCUUCGGCAUCAAUCUCGCAUACUGGAUCUCUGUCAAGUGUGAAAACUUCGACCUCACCGUAUUCGAAAAGAGUAGUGAGCUCGGAGGUGUCUGGAACCAUAACAGAUAUCCCGGAGUUGCCUGCGACGUCCCAUCUCACGUGUAUCAGUACAGCUUUGCACCGAACCCAGAUUGGCCCCGAUUUCUGAGCCCGGUUCUGAAGGCCGAAUGGCAUGAGGAGGGUUUCUGGCGGGUCUUUUUGCGGGAAGAGCUACCGAAUGGCGACUGUCGAGAGUAUCACCAAGAUGCCGAGAUUCUGGUGAACAACUCUGGAAGUCAACAUGUUUAUCAGUGGCCCAAAGUUGAGGGUCUUGAUAAGUUCAAGGGAACGUUGCUUCACACUGCCGGAUGGGAUGAGCGAUUUGAUGAGGAGGCGUGGAAGAAUAAGACCGUUGCUGUAAUUGGGAGUGGUGCCUCGGCAGUACAGGUAGUUCCCAGAAUGCAGCAGCCUCAUGUUUCCAACAUGACUGUCUUCUCUCGCACUCCAAUCUGGUUUGCACCUGGACUCGCAGGUGACGAGUUCAGCCCCGAAUACUCACCUGAAGAUCGAGAAAACUUCAAGAAGGACCCUUCCAAGCUUCAGGCUCAUGGAAAGAGCAUCGAGAGACGUCUCAAUGGCCUCUUUCCAAAUUUCUACAGCGGCACUGAUUACCAGAGGAAUGCCAUCAAGUUCUUUUACGAUCAAAUGAAGAUCAAGAUCAAGGAUCCAAGGCUUCUCCAGGGCUUUACUCCUGAAUUUGUCCCCGGGUGCCGUCGUAUCACUCCAGGUGACCCUUUCAUCUACGCAGUCCAAGAGCCAAACGUCGAGGUCGUCUUUAAAGGAGUCGCGAAACUUACGGAAGACGGGGUUGUAGAUACAGAUGGCGUUGAACGAAAGGUUGACGCCGUAGUCUGUGCGACUGGCUUCAAUGUCGACCUCAUCCCACGAUUCGAAGUCAUCGGGCCAAACGGGCUCCGUAUAUCCAAGUUCCUUCAACAGAGUCCAGACAGUUACAUGUCAGUCGCCUUGGCACAGUUCCCGAAUUACUUCCACGGCAGCACUGGCGCCUACUGGCCCUCUGCCAACGGAUCUCUCAUCGGACCCAUGGACGCAGUCGCCAACUACGUAGUACAAGUCGUUCAAAAGCUACAGAUGGAGCACAAUAUCAUCAGCGUGGUUCCCAAGCAAGAAGCGAUGGAUGACUUCGUCGAACAUGCUCAAACAUGGUUGAAAGGCUGUAUUACACUGCAGUUUGUCAGAGCUUUGAGUAAGGUGCGCUGGGAGGACUAUGAUAUCAAGUAUGCUGCCAGUGGGAAGAAGAGCACCAAUCGAUUCUUGUAUCUUGGCGAUGGACUUGUUAAAGAGACCUUUGAUCCCGAGAUGGAUGACUCGCCGCAUAUUCACCUUGGCGCUAUUGACCCUCGAUGGGCGAAGGCUGCUGGCUUGACAUUUAUCAGCGGGAUGAGAUCGUUUAAGGACUCUGAGGUCAGCUCCAACUUGAAGUAUCUACCGGAUGUUCUCCACGGAUGUAACGGCAAUGCUUCACUUAAUUAUCUUCUCAAGAACAGCUUCUCUCCACCUCCAUCUGUAUGCAAAUCUGCUUCUUUCUUUCUCCUCCAGCCUCAGAUUCGUCCAACCAUGAAGUUCUACGACGCACAAGCUCCAAAUCCCUUCGCCGUCCGCCUAUUCGUUCUUGAGCGCGGCGGCCUAGAGUUCGACGUCCAGACCAUCGACAUCAUGAACCUCGAGAACCGGCGGCUCGCAUACCGCAGCGUGAACCCGCGAGGCGAAGUCCCAGCCUUGGAUAUCGACGGCUUCAUCUUGACCGAAACCACCGCGAUAUGCGAGUAUCUCGAUGAAGUCGCCAAGAGAGGCAAGUCCCUAUUCGGCGACACGGCCCUCGAGCGUGCUGAGACCCGCAUGUGGCUUCGGAGGAUGGAUCUCGAACUGGCUCAGCCUAUUAUUGCCUGGUAUCGGAACGACCCUGAUACCAUCGACUUCUACAAGGGCAACCGAAUCCCAGUACCUGAGGCUCGCGUAGUCCAGAAAGUCACCAUCAAUCAGUUCCUGAACCUCCUCGACGACCAACUUGAAGGCAAGGAAUACCUUUGUGGUUCACGAUUCUCAGCUGCCGACAUCCACUUUUAUGGACUACUCAAGAUGAUGGUUAUGCAAGUCGCUGGAUGGGUCCUUAGUCCUGGGCGUAAGAACGUGGUGGCGUACUUUGAAAGGAUGGAUGCGCGAAAGGCUAGUCAGCAGGCUCUUGAGCCAUUCGAAUCGAAAGUGUCAGUAUAG